ACUCAUUCUACGCCCAAUCCUCUCCUCUGCAUCGUCGCCUCGUUUUAACUUUCCACCAUCAUCAUCAGCCUCAUUGGUAGCAAGCAGCUGCUGAUCAUUUCUUGAGGCUCACCCAAAUUUACCGCUCCAGCUCAAACACGCCCGACUGCCACAUCCACCUCUACCACUUUGCCUUUCCGCUUCAUCCACUGCACCGCACCGCACCUUGCGCUGCGCCUGCACAAGCGAUGCCUUCGAAGACCAAGUCAUCGAAGGCCAAGAAGAGCCAGGGAAGCCAGCCCCAGACGUCUGUAUCUGGGAUGACGCUGCAGUCCCUCCAGCAGAGAUUCCAAUCCAAGGGAACUUUGGGUGACACUCGUGAGGAGAGGAGAAGAGCAUGGCUCUACCUCUUGGCAGUCGACUAUCAACCUGCGGCAGUCUUCCCUGCAGACUCGAGCUCCUUUGAAGACAUCGGCACCACCUCCUCUGCUCGAGGAUCGGCAAGUAGCAGCAGCAGCCGCCAUUCUUCACCUCCCCUCGGUUCGGAUUCCAACGAAACCUCUCUCGAAGACCUCAACACUCCUUCAGGCAAUGGGUCAAUGAGUGGCAGCUUGCUGCAGAGCCAAUCGCUCGGAAGCAUUCCUUUAGACCGGGAUGGGUGGCAGACUGGAUUCGACUCGGCGCUCCUCCAGAGUGGUGAGAGCCAAAGCUGGACCGAUGGAAAGCCUCCGGUAGACGAAUGGCAAGUGGCAGAGAACAAGCGAACCAGACGAAGGAAGGCAGUCCAGGAGCAAGAGACUAGCACCGCGGCAGGGCAGCUCAGUCCGGACGAUAGCGGCAUCUUUGGCUCGGUCAUCGAUCUGGGCAAGGACACACCCGGCCGAGCUCGAAAUGGUGGACCUCGUUCCGACGGUACCUCGUCGCGUGACUCGUCGGGGGCCUCGACGGCCGCCUCUCGAUCGGCUUCGAGUGCUCCUACGACGCGUUCUGCUGCAUCCUCCAGCAUUGCGUUUGCACCUCUGUCAGUGGACGAUGAUCUCCCUGCAAAGGUUAAGAAGGCGGAGAAGCGGAAGCAGCAGAAGAAGCAGAAGAAGCAGAAGAAGCAGAAGAAGCAGGCAUCAGCGACUGUAGAUUCAAUUAAGCACGGUGACAGUGCAAGUCAAGCAGCAGCCAGUCGAGAGAGCGGGGAGGCCACUGCACCCUACAAGCUCCCCGCUCGCUUUAGCGAAGAGCUCGCCGCGCAUCGAGAUGAGCGACAGGUAGAGUUGGACAUCCUACGGAGCUUCGUCGGUCCGAUUUCAGCACCUGGAGGUGCGCUGCAGAAUUCCUCAACUCGCCAAUGCAGGCGGGAACAGCUACAAGACCUGGUGGUGGGAGUGCUGAGGCGCCAUCCCAGUCUCAAUUACUACCAGGGCUACCACGAUGUCAUCUCUACCUUGCUCCUCGUCCUAUCGCCUCGCCACCCAACGGCUACAAGCAGCGACAGUGGCGCCUGGGCAUCAAAAGCAGACUUCCACCUUGUCCUCGAGGCAAGCGAGCGCUUCAGUGUGUUCUUCCUCCGAGACUUCAUGACAAAGGGAAUCGACCCCUGCAUGGGUUGGCUUAAAGUCUUGCGCAAUCUCCUCCGUCAGGCGGACCCAGCUUUCUCCAAGUCGGUCAUUGAGCAAGCCUCACCAUUGCCCUUCUUUGCCCUCUCCUGGCUUAUCACGCUCCUCUCACACGACUUGGAGCUAGGGGCAACCGCCUCGAGCAAAGUCUUUGACUCUAUCCUCCUCAGUGGUCCCGAGACGAUCUUGUGGAUCAUUGCAGCUCUGCUGCUGGAAAGUCGAGAGGAGCUAAUGAAUGGUGACGCGAUACAGGAAGAGGAGUACGGAGACCCGGCUCUGCUGCACCACACGCUGUCUAAGCUGCCCAAGCAGCUGACAGAGGGCAAGUCUAGCAUUGACGCCAUCAUCGUCCGAGCGAAGAAGUUGCGCAAGAGCGUAGGCGGCACAAGUAGAGCGCGGCAGGGAGUCAUGGGCUCGCACUCGGUCCUAAGCACCUGGUCACCGCUCUCCACCCCUCCUCAAGACUCGGCAAGUGCUGCUGCCACUGCCGCCGCCACUAUCACAGCCACAACGGACUGGAGCUCUGCUUAUACUCAAGCGGAAGAGUACCUCUCCUCCUCCUCAGACGCCCUGCAGCAGAUCGUCAUCGACCCCACUCCCUCUCCUCCCGCUGAAGAUGAGGCCGACUUCGACUUCACAUCCGAGAAGAAGAGUCGACGCCACCGCUCUCACUCCAGUGAUGGCAAGAAGUCCAGCAGUAGUGCCAGCAGCAGUGCCGUCACCACAAGCGCCGCGGUCCUCGUAAGCGUCGUCGUCGUCGCUGGCGCGGCCCUCUUCUUGGGUUCCCACGCGGUGGAUCGACAGCAGAAGAGUAAGCUGGCACACGAUUUGAGCGAUCUGGGAAAAGGAUUGGUAGGGCUGGCCUUUUGUGCUGCUGGGGCUUGCCAGUGAGGAGCAAAGAGGCACAAGCACGGGCACUAGCAGGUAUGAGCAGGAGAAGUCGGAGCGCAACCAGAGGCUGAAGCUGGCGAUAGCUCUCUUCCGUCUUCUGGAUGCUGUCUCGAGAUGUCUCUUACGACCAGUGCAUGCUAGCAGAACCCUCCCUUUGCCUCGCACGUUCCGUCAAAUUUGUAGCCCUCCCCGCGUUCUCCCUCUCCCUUCUCUCUCCCUUUCCUCGUCUCGCUACAUCCCCCUUAGCAUGUCUUCUUUCCUUCCCAUACCAUGUCUUCUUCCUUCCCAUACCAUGUCUUCUUCCUUCCCAUACCAUGUCUUCUUUCUUCCCAUGUACUACUGCUCAUCUUUUCCUCGCGCAAUCUAUGAUACCAUGCACGUCC